CGAUUUCCAUCAGCAGAAACGGUGUGUUGUAUCCCGCAUAGUAUUCGGGACUCUGCUGUGUCGAUCGUAUCAAAGGGGCAAGUGCGUGAUAGCGAACACUUGCCGAUGUCUCAAGCACUGCGAGGCAGCCUGAGCGCUGGUCACACUGGCAGGGUGACCCUGCCAUGCAGAAGUGCCUUCACUGGAAGUAGAGUUGCAUUUAGAACUCUGAGGGCCCAGCAGAGGCGUCAGAAUGCAACUGUCCAGGCCUUCGUCCGAGAGUGGCCCGAUCCGGAGUUCAUUGCGGAGGUGAAGGAGGAGUUCCCUGAGAAGGGAGUGGCAACCGUGGAGGAGGCCAGGGUGCUGUACUCUGAGGAGGGCUACACCUAUCUGGACGUGAGGACUGCUGUCGAGUAUGACGAGGUGGGCAAAGUGAAGGGGUCGGUCAGCAUCCCCAUGAAGAAGUCCAAGAAAGUGUUCGACCCCGAGCAGAACAAGAAAGUGGUCAUCAAGGAGGACAACCCAGACUGGAUCGAGCAGGUGAAGAAGCGUUUCCCGGAUACUGAGGCGAAGCUGCUGAUCGGGUGCAGCGACGGGCGCACCUACACAAUGGAUGCCCUCAUGGCGCUUGACGAAGAGGGCUACACCAACAUCGUCGGCCUCAAGGGCGGCUACUACGCAUGGUUCAGCGUGUUUGACAACAAGCUUGGCCGGCGGCGCAGCGGCGAGUACGCGGAGCAAUACACCCACGACGGCGACUCCUGCGGCAUCCACUCCUCCGGCGCCGGCUUCGCCCGCGUCGACCCCAAGGAGCAGUGGGUCCCCCCGAAGUACUGAGCAGGGGGGGACCUGACCGGGGAAGUUUACCCCCCGGGGGUGGAUUCUCCGGGGGUGGAUCCUGGGGUGAAUUGUGAGGAUCCACCCUGGGAUGCACGCCUUGGGGUGGACCCUCAGGCAUGGCUGCAUGCGUGGGCUGACCCCAACCUCGGGGGGUGGAUCUCCCGGGAGGCUGUCACGCCUGACCAGAACUGGACGGUAGGACAAGCAGGGUGGUCAGCUCCUUCUUUGACAAGAUUGGGACCCCUGCGGUCUGAGGGGAGUUGCAGGCUUGUUCGGCUGCUGCUGCUGUGAGACUGGCUGGGCGCCUUCAGGGUGUUGUUCUGUUGGGAUGUUUUGCUGACUGGAAAUUGACGCCCGGUCUCGCAUUCACUGACCUUAUUGGGUCCCAUGCCUGCGCUCUGCCAUGUUGAUCUGAAAGGCGCUGGAUGUCAAGUUCUGCUGCAGCUGCACAUGUGUCAGUCUUGGUCGGUCUCUUUCAUCGGGUGACUGCUUGCAAGAAUUGUACUCAAUGGGUGCGCCUGUUUCUUGUGGGCUUGUGUUCAAUCUGGGGUGCCAGGAGUCCCUGUUGCUGAUGCUCACAAGGGAGGCCAUCGUGAUUGAAGGGCAUGCGUUUGCAUGGUCUUUGUUCUGAUAAGGCAUAGAUGGGUCUAGGCGCCAGUUGGGACUAACCACGUCAUCAACCCUCACAGAUCAUGCAUGCUGAGAGAGUCUCGAAUGCUUAAAUCAGUGUAACCAACUUUACAAA